CGCGAAUACAAAGCAUUUUUAGAAUGUUUUAUAAAAAAGAGGUAUUGACAAAGACUGCACUUCACAAGAUAGAUUGCAACGACCCAAUUAAUAUUGUCACUCUAAAAGAAUUAUAUUUAGGGGCUAAAGUGCAAAUUUCUUUAGAAGAGCUAAAUGAAUCUGAUAAACUUAUUUUUCGAAAAAGAUGUCUGGAGUUUUUCGUAGAAGCUGCCAAACAAAUUAGUCAAAGAUUCGAUUUUAACGACCCGGUUUUAAUCAAUCUUAAUUUAAUAAGUGUAAACAAUAUAUUAUUAUUACAGAAGAAAAAUCGUAGCAUAAUACCACUUGUAAGACAUUUCCCAAACUUAGUGGCAGAAAACCAAUUACAAGUGUUGGAUAAUGAGUGGCGGCUUCUACGAAAUACAGACCUGGAAUCUGAUCAAAAUGUAAAUAUUGAAGAAUUCUGGAGCAAUAUUGAAAAUAUGCAGUAUGGCGACGGAACUCCUAUGUUUCCGGUUUUAAGCAGAUUUGUUUUUAAUUUGUUAGUUUUACCUCAUUCAUCAGCGAAUGUGGAAAGAGUAUUUUCCGAUAUAAAUCUCAUGAAAACAGAUGACAGAAAUAAAGUUUCGACCACCAGUAUUGUAGGUCAUCUGCACACUAAAAAUUUUCUUAAAACCAGAAAAUCAUCUUGCCAUACCGUAAAUUUUCCAAAAGAAAUACUGAAUUUACAUAAUAGUGAUAUGUAUAAAACAAUUACUACCCAAAUUGAUUCUUAACUUUAACCGACUCUGAAUAAAUAUUUUCAGGUAAGGUAUUAUUAUUUUACACACACAUAUAUAUACACACAUACAUAUAAAUAAAUGUGUAUUAAUUGUAGUAAACGUUAUAAAUAUUAAUAUAUGUAGAUGUGUGUGUAUAAAAUAUUAUACCGUACCUGAAAAUGUUUAUUCAGACUUCAGAUUCAGAUUUAUAAUAAUACAAAGUUUCAUUCUUGAACCUUAAUAUAUUUUUUUACCAAAGUUUCUUGGGCUUACAUAGGUUCAUAAAAAAUUGUCUAUGAUGUUAUGAUAUUUUUAUUAAUAUAUUGUCCGACGUUGCGGCAGGAAAUCCAUGCUUUUUUCAAGGAUUGACUAAAAAAACAUUUAUUGAAAGGUACAAUACAAUUUAAAAGAAAAUCGACUUACUGUCGUAAAUUUAGGUUUGAAACAAGUAGGUAGACAAAUGGUCGUCACAGUCACAAUGAAAACAAAUGUUAAAACACAUUAACAGAUUUCAAGGCAUGGAUUUCCUGCCGAAUCGUCGGACAAUAUAUCAAUAAAAAUGUCAUAACAUCAUAGACAAUAUUUUUUAAGAACCUAAGCCCAAGAAACUUUGGUAAAAUAUGUAUAUGUAUGUAUAUAAGUAUACAAAUAUUUUCGACCGUAUGUACUAUGUUAAAUAGUGGUUUUAAAUGUCAGCAAUUCGGCAGAUGCAAAUCUUAUUAGUUGUUUUAAGUAUAAAUAUUGCUUAUUACCUAUUAUACUUAGUACUGCCUAUCAUUCAACAAAUCAGAAGUUUUAUUUAAGUAAUCAUUUGUACAUGGCAACUUCUGUAACAUUAAUUUGUCACUCCUGACGUAAAUAUCUGGAUGAAAAGUAAUAUGGUAAUAUUAAUUUAUUUAACUAAUGAUCACUGAAAUCCUUCUGUAGAAGGAUAGAGAAGAUACUCGAAAAUUUUGUUGGAUGAAAAGCAAAUUUUUGAACCUAAUGAUAAAAUUUUUGAACUUCAUUUGGAAAAAUGACAUUAUUUGUGAGAUUUUUAA